UUGGCUGCAGCGGCCAGCCGAUGCUGAUUGGCCGAGGCGUUUGGGCGGCGCGGAUUGGCUGCGGCGGGCGGGCUGUAAGAUGGCGGUCCGGGGGCUGUAGACGGACGGAAACACAAUAAGCGGCCGGGCGGCGGCGGCGGCGGAGCGGCAGCACCGGGCACCACAGCCGCAGGCCGAGGAAUACAGGUAAACUGUAACCAUGAAUAACUCAUUGGAUAACGCUAUGUCAUUUGAGGAGUACAUUCGGUUGAAAGCACGCACUAUCCCCCAACACAGAAUGAAGGAGUUCUUGGAGUCAUUGGCUGCAAAAGGACCUGAAGCUUUGCAGGAAUUCCAGCAGACCACUAUGACUGUGUAUCAGCAGGGCGGCAACUGUAUCUACACAGACAGCACCGAGGUGGCUGGGUCCUUGCUUGAGCUUGCAUGUCCUGUGACGUCAACUGUACAACAGCAGAACCAGAUCCAGCAGCAGGCACAGCAGAUCCAGGUGCAGGUUCAGGUGCAGCAGUCUCCGCAGCAUGUGUCGACACAGCAGCUGUCUCCCCAGCUUCAUCCAUCACCUGAUCAGAUUCAGGUGCAGGUGCAGUCACAGCCAGUCGCAGCCCAGCAGCAGCAAUCUUCUCAGCAGAUUCAGACCAUGCACAGCCCCAACACCGCUCAGCAGCUCCAGGCUGCUCAGAUCUCUGUGCAGCACAUUCAGCCUUCCCAGCAAAUCCAGACAUCGGAGCUCUCCGAUGAACACAUUCAGCACCAGCAGAUCCAAGCCCAGCUUGUCUCUGGCCAGGCUCAGCAGAUACAAAUUCAGACAGUGGGCACCCUCUCUCCAACUCAGCCACAGGGGUCUCCUCGUGAAGGGGACCGGCGAUCCAGUUCUUCAAAUGUACUCCAGCCAGUCAAGAAGCGCAAGGUAGACAUGCCAAUCACUGUUUCAUACACUAUUACUGGGCAGCCUGUAGCCACGGUGCUGGCUAUUCCACAGGGGCAGCAGCAAGGAUAUGUGUCUCUGAGGCCUGAUCUUUUGACAGUGGACAGUGCCCACCUCUAUACAACUGCAGCUGGUACAAUCACAAGCCCUAGUGGGGAGACAUGGGCCAUCCCUGUGUAUUCCACACAACCUCGUACUGAUAUGCAGCAACAAACAGCCACACACGUCGCCAUCCCUCAGGAGGCCUACAAUGUGGUGCACGUCAGCGGCUCGCCCACCACUGUAGCAGCUGUGAAGCUGGAGGACGAUAAAGAUAAGUUGGUGACCUCUGUAAUGAAGAACUCUCAUGAGGAAGUAGUUCACACGCUGGCCAAUACCAUCUUUCCAGCACAAUUCAUGAAUGGGAACAUCCAUAUUCCAGUGGCAGUGCAGGCGGUGGGAGGCUCGUACCAAGCACAAGCACAGUCUGUGCAGCUGUGGGAUCCUCAGCAGCAACAGCAGCAGCCACAGCAGCAGCCGCAGCCGCAGCAACUACAGGGCCAAGCAGUGCAGGUGGCUGAAGUGGAACCUCAGCCUCCAGCAGCUUCAGAAAUGCUUUUGCCAAACACUCUGAAACCAGAGGAAGGCCUUGGUGUUUGGAAAAGUUGGGCAGAGACCAAGAAUGCCGAAUUUGACAAGGACUCUGAGAACAGGCCAGCUCCCAUCGGUCGUCGCCAGCCACUGCGUUUCCAGGAAAACCUUCUAUCAUCAGCAGUGGCAGAACUGAACUACGGACUGUGCCUAAUGCUAAAAGAAGCCCGCAACCAGGAGGGUGAAGCCUACGAUCCAGACAUGCUGUACUAUAUCUGUCUCUGCAUUCAAAAGUAUCUAUUUGAAAAUGGCAGAGUAGAUGAUAUAUUUUCAGAUAUCUACUAUACAAAGUUCACUGAAAAACUGCAGGAAGUAUUAAAGGAUUGGCAACCUCAGGUCAGCUCUCUGGGUUACAUAAUCCCCAGUCACAUCACAGAGGAGAUGCUGUGGGAAUGCAAGCAGCUCGGGGCUCACUCACCUUCCACUCUCCUGACAACUCUCAUGUUCUUCAACACCAAGUACUUCCUGUUGAAAAGUGUGGAGCAACAUAUGAAACUGGCGUUCUCAAAAGUAGUUCGUCAGACAAAGAAGAACCCGGUGAAUCCCAAGGACAAAAGCACAAGUAUUCGUUACCUGAAAGCAUUGGGUCUGCAUCAAACCGGGCAAAAAGUUACAGAUGACAUGUAUGCAGAGCAGUCGGAGAACCCCGAGAACCCACUGCGCUGUCCCAUCAAACUCUAUGACUUCUACCUCUUUAAAUGUCCCCAGAGUGUGAAGGGCAGGAACGACACCUUUUACCUGACGCCCGAGCCAGUCGUGGCACCCAACAGUCCAAUCUGGUACUCCACCCAGCCCAUUAGCAAGGAGCACAUGGAGCAGAUGUUGACUCGGAUUCUGACCGUGCGAGAGAUCCAGGAAGCUUUUGCCAUAGCUGCUACCAACCUGCACUAAACCCUGGCUGGAAAGACGGGAGCGAAUGCACUUUGGGCACUACAAGGGACACCACGGCCUUUUGGCUGCGUUUCAUUGCAGCUCCAACAGUCCCAGGAGGCUUCAGGAAUCAUCAGCUGUAUAUCUCUGGAUAAUUUAGUAUAAUCGGGUUUCCCCACCAGAUACAGGAGUCUGGCAAUCGCCUUUCUCAAGUGGCAGAUUUGAUUUCUACUUUAUUUUUUGACGCGUGGCAGCAUUUUGUGCAGCAGGAGGGCCUGCUGACCUUUGGAAACUCUUGUCAUAGACUCCAGCAUGAGGACUGCUGAAACCCUCAGGGUGAACUCAUCAUGUGAUUGGUGUGAGACGGAUGUAUUAGUAAUCUUUCUGCCAAUUGCUGGCUUAAACCUGGCCUCCACUGAAGAGAAUUGAACCUGGACGAGAGAAUAGAACGCUGAUGAAGGUUUAUAUAAUUAAAAGUUUUUCAAUACUUAAAAAAUGAUGUUUUUUUAGACUGUCUAGAACUGAAGACUUUUCACACAUCUGGCCUUGUGUGAGGCCUUAACUCCAGGCAAGAUGCAGAGAAAUUAUUGUAAUAUACUCGUAUACCAUUAUAAAGAGACCUUUGUUUUUCUGUAUUCUGUUCUGAUAGUCUGUGCAACUCAGCAAACAAUUCUCAGCCUAGAAUAAUGCGAGGAGUUUUCAUUGUAGUCAAAUGAAGUGCACGUUAGACAGAGGGACGUCCAUCUUGUACUGGCUCACUCCCUGUGAACAGCAGCCCCUGCUCUGGUGGGCUGUGUUUGUUGAUCGUUAAAAUCACCCUCCAGGUUCAAUCAUUUCAAUUUAUUUCUGAUCACCAACUCCAGCCGCACGUGGCCACAUCUCUCCACGAGUGUCAUGGUUAGGCUGUGGCGCUCUCGAUAUCCCAUGUUGCUAUAAUAUUAUGACAGUAGUUUGACAAUAUAUUAGACGGUACUGUAUUGUGAUACACAACAGUCACGAUGUAAAGAUACAGUAACUUUAUUUUGGAGGACUUCUGAUUUUAUACUUUUUUGCUAGAAAGAAGAUAUUUGUAAUUAUAUUGCAAUAUUUGGAGUGUCAGGUGGUCCGACGUGUGCAGCGUUGCCUAGUGCUAACCAGGCGUGCAAAGUCGAGUCACGGUCCGUACCCACCAGGAUGAGCUGUGGAUUGCCACUUCCAUAAUGUUCUACCGCAGUGUGAAUUAACAGGCUUGGCUGAACUAGCUGUAGGCAGUAAGUGUUUGGAAGGCAGAACCCUCUGAUCAGUGCUUGAGUUUCUUCAGAAAAAUACACUUUGGGGCCGGAUACUUCGGUACAGGGCUGAAAUCUGUUUAUUAGUUGCAUUUUGGUCUUGGUAUGACUGCAUGCUGAGAUUCUAGUUUAUCUUUCAUUCAAGGGAGCAGUUUUUUCAUUUAAAUGUUUGCCUUUACCACCUGCAGUGAUACCUGCUUGGCAUCGCCAGCUGUGGCUGGGUUUGGGAAUGUGGGCAGAUCAAGUGGGCUGUGGGAGGCUGAGUAUCCCUUCUGGUUCACAGUCAGUCUGGCAAUCAGUGCCAUUGGAUGUCAACUGGGCGGUGGGGGGGCUGAUCUCCAGUGAGUGGUGUCUGUAGUGGGGGCUCCACGUUACACCGUCAGUGGGCCUCCGGUAUCUCCAGUGUGGUGUGUGUAGUGGGGCUCCAUGUUACACCGUCAGUGGGCCUCUGUAAGGAGAUGAGAGUUCUGUUUACUGAGCUGUGAACAACAGCCCUGUAACUCUGUAAUUCCUGGUGUCCCGGAACAACCCAUUCACUUUUGUGAUGUUGAGUUUUGCCUUUAAAUCAAAUAACUGGUCCCAGGGCUGUGAUUUUUUUAAAAUUAUGACUUCUGCAUUUUAGUUCUGGAAGGUGACAAACCUGAAUCUAUUUUCAAAUUGAGGUUGUUUGAUAAUAAGGGCACUGGUCUUGUGCUAACACACUCCCUGAGCAAUGUGCAGGAAACCGGCUGCUCAGAUCUGACUUCUGGACAAGUGUUUUGCUAUGCAGGACAUUUCCUUCAGCUGUAUGUGGAAAGGCUAGUCAGUGAGUCUGCUGUGUGACUAUAUACAGAGAUUGAGUUAGUAUUUAGUCUUGCUGCUAGUUGUGAAGGUGGACUUGGACACCAGGCACUGACAGUCUCCGAUCCACAGUCCCUGUGACUGAUGGUAGCUGCUGAUAUCACUGAGCAGUUUGUUCAUUGGGCCUUGGAACUUGUAUGAAGUUGCAGUGAAAAGUGUGCAAGUGUUCACUGUACAUUUCCACAUGCACGGGAGGAGCUGACACUAACAUUCCUGUUGCUCACUGCUGGAGAGCAGCCCACGCACAGACUCGUCCCUCCCUUUCACUCUUCUGUUGCUCAGUGGGGUAGGGGCUGUAGUUGUUAAAAUCCUGCUUAAAAGAAUCAGGAUCCAGGCAAUGUUAAGCUUCUAAAAGUUGUUCUUUUACUAACUGGUUCUUUUACUAAUUGAAAAUCGGUGAGAAUGAGCCAGUUUUCUCAAGGAUUUCGGCACUGACUGUGCUGCUGCUCAUCUGCAGUCUUUGAUCCAUGACUUCAGCCUCUCUCCCGGGAACACUGCCUCAAAACCACCAACAGCUACCAGUUGUGUUAAAUAUUUAGAACUUCCCAUGUUUUAUUCAAACAUUCCGAAGACAAUUUUAGUUUGAUUGUGGGAUUUAUAUAUUCAAGACCCCUAUAAAUUAUAAAUGUUCACUUUAGCAAAUGCUGCUGUUAACACGGCUGCAAAACCUUCCACAUUCCUUUACUUGGAUCUGUCCUGUACAACUCUGAACAUUCCUGACCAGAGGAACAUCACCUUCCUGUUCACCUGCCACGAGCACAGCAGGAGGUGCUUGUUUCUGGUCCCUGAGAUGCCAGUACGUUAGACACGUUUCCCAGUGGUGGCUCCCUACUCCCCACCAACACACCCUUCAUUCAGUGUUCUCAUUGUCCAAGGCUUCAACAGUGUUUGGGGAAAGAGUUCACAUUUCCCUCCCCCAUGUGAGGAGGUGCCUCCUGAACAGGCAGCUCCUGAUUUUAAGGAAAUGGUUUCUGCAACUAUUGCCCCUACCUGCCUCAACCUGGAGUGUGGCUGUAGGAGCCUGUGCCACCCUUGAAACCCCAGGGUACUGGGAAUUGUGACACUCUCAUUCCGAUCCCAGUGUGGCCUUCCUGAAACCCAGUGUCGGAGCUGACAGCAGUGCUCUGACGUGGUCUGGCUGGAGCCUUCCACGGCUACCAUCUGACUUCUCUCCCUCCUUGAACACCGCUGAAGCAAUUUUUAAACAAAUUUCCACAUAUUUUCACGCCAAGGAAUAGGAAGUAGCACUUGUGCUUUAACCCCACACCCUGGUCUGCCCUGGGUCACACACUGCCCAAGGAAGGCUGCUGUUAUCAGCCACUUCAUCCUCUCUACAACUGGCCUCUUGGGUCACAGUUGUGUGUUUCUGAAACCUGCCCCAAUCACCAUAGUUUUCACUUAAUCCUAAAGCCAAUAAAGUAAAUUAUCUGUAGACUACUUGUUAUUCCUGUUGACCCUAGCCAGUGGGAUUAUGUUUGGCUGGUCAGAGACUGCCAACAAGUGUGCCACUGCUACACACAGGGCUUCUUCCAAGCUCUGGGGCCAGGCUGUGAUUGAUCCCACAGGGCUGGUCUCUCUCCUGUCCUACCUGCUGGUCCAUUGUGUAGCAGGAAGUCUCUAUCCCAGCAGGAAUCUCUUCAGUCUCCCAAAGGUCAGCCUGCCUGCCCAGCAUUGGGACAAGUAGAGAACAAAAUGAGCAGGACAUGGAGCACCCUGGCAUCUUCCCAGAAUGAUAUACGACUUCCCUGAGUGCUCCGCUUCCAGUGCCCUUCCCCCGGAAUCAUCCCACCAUCUCGCAUCCUGGACUGGCCGAUUCUGGGAGAGUGGCAAUAAGGGCUGGGGUUCGACAGUUAAUUUUUUAACCAAAUGAAAAGGGAAAAGUUCAAACUUGUACGAUGUUCUUUUGCUUAUUUUACUCGUGAUACAGUUUCAAAUAUUUUAAAUAAA